AAAAAAAAAAAGAAGAAGAAGAAGAAGAAGAAGAAGAAGAAGCACCUCCAAGAGUGGAGAAAAGUUGUGAAGAAAGGCAUUGCAACUUUGUGAUGUUGAUGGUUUUGAAGGGCAGGAAGAUGAAGGGCCGCAGAGCCGAGAUGGUGGCUAUUGUGUCACUGAUACUUCUAUUCCCAGUCAUUAAUGCUUGGGGAAUUGAUGGGCAUCACAUAGUCUGUAAGAUUGCGCAGUCACGCUUGAACAAGGCAGCAGCAGAUAUAGUGGCAAAGCUGCUUCCAAAAUCUGCAGAGAAUGAGUUGGGGAGUGUCUGUUCAUGGGCAGAUGAGAUCAAGUUUCAUUAUCCCUGGUCCAGAUCCCUUCACUACGUGAAUACCCCUGAUGUUUGCAAUUACCAGUUCGACAGGGAUUGCAAGGAUGAAAGUGGAGAGAAAGGGAGGUGCGUUGCAGGGGCAGUCCAAAAUUACACCAAGCAGCUGUUAACCAUCGGCAGCAAUGCUGAGAGUUCGAAAAACCUCACAGAAGCACUUCUAUUUUACUCUCAUUUUAUGGGAGACAUUCAUCAGCCUCUACACGCUGGUUUUGCUUCAGACAAGGGAGGCAAUACGAUUGAUGUUCACUGGUAUACGAGGAAGCAAAAUCUUCAUCAUGUAUGGGACGACAACAUAAUAGAGACAGCUCAAGAAAGGUUCUACAACUCUAAUGUGGAUGACAUGAUUGCUGCAAUUCAGAAAAAUAUUACGACUAAAUGGGCAGAUCAAGUUCAGACAUGGGAGAACUGCAGCUAUACUGAUACAACAUGUGCAAACGUAUAUGCAUCUGAAGGCAUCAAAGCAGCCUGCGACUGGGCAUACAAAGGUGUGACUGAAGGUUCAGUUUUAGAAGAUGAAUAUUUCCUCUCCCGGUUACCUAUAGUCAAUUUGCGGUUGGCCCAAGCUGGAGUUCGGUUGGCAGCAAUUCUCAACCAUUACUUUUUCAAGUGAUUACACAUUUCUUCUAUGCUUUAUGGGAUUAAGUAGCACACAGCUGAAGCUAUAGACCAUUCUGGGGGUCAAUCAGUGUCAAUAAGAAACAAGGUUGCAGCCAUUGCUUCUUUAGAUAUAAAACAUCAUUCUUCUAGUAA